AUGCCCUCCCCUGCUUUAACGUGGCGAGAUAUUACUGGCUGGAGCGAAUCAAUCCUUCCCUCUAUCCGUUGCAAUUUGGGUUCCACUCUCCAUGGACACAACCGUGCAAUCUUCAAUCUUUGCUUCACCUCACCCUCCAGGCCAGGCCACGAACUGAAAGGAGCACCCCAACAAGUCAAAAUGUGA